AUGAGAGCAACGCCACAUUGUAUCGCGCGGGAGUUCCUCACACUGAUACGAAUACCUCAAGAAGCUGGAUGCAGACCUCAGUUGAAAACUGGCAUGUGGCAAGCACUACUAUGUCCCUCGAGAUUGGUAUUUGCCUCGACUGUUGCGACUUCAAUAUCUCAUCUCGCCUUGGCAGCCCAACCUAUCCAUCAACUCCCGUGUAUCUUGAGUCCUCAGAACAUGUAUUGGGUGAAACAAGCGAGACAAUCACCCGUCCCGAUCCCGUCCGACUAUCCCGUACGGUGUAAGGAUGCUAAGUACGUUAUCCGUAAGUUCUUUGCAGAACAGGAUGAGGAUGAGGAUGCAAACGCCCCGAAUCAUGCCGAUGAAUACAAUGCACCUCAAGGCUCGGACGGCGCUUCGUUCCGUAUUGCUUACACAGUAGUCUAUCCGUACCUACCUUCGCGUGUCUUCCCAACAUGGAGACCGGCUGGUGCUCCAAGCGUGGACUGGCACUCUGGAGUCUGGGGUUCAGAUUCUGGAACUCCAGUUUCCGACGGUCAGGACGGCGGCACAAAACACACGCUGGUCAAUACUUGGCAUGCCGUUUCUUAUGAACAUACGGCUAUAGGCACGGAUAAUACUUGCGCAGUAUUUGAAUUGAAGCUCAUGCAGGGUAUAUAUGCUCGUGCCCAGCAGCUCGUUGGACUGUUCUACCAGCUAAGUGGCCGAAGUUGCAUCUACCUUACGUACGCCGACCUCAACGUCUGCGCUCAAACAGCAACAGGAGUCGCCAAGAACAAACUGCAACUUCACAGCCUCGAUACUAACGCUCUGCGGGUACCAGUCAUGACUGUGACUUGGAACCGUGUUAAGAAAUCAACGAUUCCUGACACGUGCCUCAUUGCCUGCAAGCUUGGCGAAAGGUACUGGGGCAUUUUGAUCCCCUUGACUGGCGCCUAG